AUGGGCCAAACUCGCUGGGGUGACACCGCAUCGAACAAUGCAAAUCCAUCAGUUCAUUCAACUGAUGCACAAUUGAAGCAAGAGCUUGCUGCAGUAUUCAAGAAAAUUGGUGAUAAGCAAACAUGUACUAUUGGUCUUUAUGAGCUGUACAGGAUAACCCAGCUGUACCCAAAGGUUGAUAUAUUUGCUCAGCUUCAGAAUGCAAGUGAAGCAUUUAGAACGUACAUCAGGGAUGGGCUUGCUCAGGUGGAGAAGAAUGCCGCAGCUGGAAGAACACCCUCUAGUCUUCCAUUAUCAACGCCACCUCCAUAGGCAAUAGCAUCUAUACCUUCUCCAAAAUUCGCACCUUUUCCUGUCCACACAAAAUCGAUAAAUAGCAAAACCGAUUGUAAUGAAGAUGAUCCCUUCAGAGUCCAAGGAGACUCUGAUAUUAGGCUACAAUCUACUGAACAACAGACCGAUAGAUUCCAAUCCUCAGGGACACUGGAUGCUCUCAGGGAAAGAAUGAAAAGCAUGCAAGCUGCAGCUGUAGGAGGUAAUUUUGAUGGAGCUCAUACAAGGCCAUUGGCAAGUAUGAACGGUAAUAUGCUACAUGGGGGCACACGACUGGAUGGUGAACCACAAACACCAAGUAAUAUUCCACCCAUGGACGAGAGAGCAUUAUCUGGGCUGCAAGCACGAAUGGAGAGGCUGAAGAGUGGGUCUAUGGAUCCACUCUAAAUACAGUUGACAUUAU